CUCUUUAACAAAACCAACAACACCAACACAACAUCUCAAGAUCAGCCCGCUCCUGCACCAGGAAGUGAACCGACAAAAAUGGACUGGGAUGAGCUGGGACUAACAACUCCAAGUAGUCCCCCCGAAGAGGGACUGACAACUCCAGGUAGUCCUCCUGAAGAGGGACUGACUACUCCAGGUAGUCCUCCUGAAGAGGGACUGACUACCCCAGGUAGUCCUCCUGAAGAGGGACUGACUACCCCAGGUAGUCCUCCUGAAGAGGGACUGAAGACUCCAAGUAGUCCCCCUGAAGAGGGACUGACUACCCCAGGUAGUCCUCCCGAAGAGGGACUGAAGACUCCAAGUAGUCCCCCCGAAGAGGGACUGAAGACUCCAAGUAGUCCCCCCGAAGAGGGACUGAAGACUCCAAGUAGUCCCCCCGAAGAGGGACUGAAGACUCCAAGUAGUCCCCCCGAAGAGGGACUGACGAUUCCAGCCUUUGUUCAUUCUAAUGCCAAUGUGUGA